GUGUACCGCCCGCCAUGAUUUUCUCUCCUCGUGCGAACUCCUUAAAUACUCCCUCCGAAGACCCAGUCUUGGAUCUUCCCCCCUUCGACCAAGCAUUUAAAUCCUCUGCAGAUCAUUUCAUCAUUAAUCACUGAAUUGAUCGUCGCUGUCAACAUGGGUUUUCUGCAGAAGAGUGCCAAUCUGGCUCUGAGCCUGGGUGCGACCGCGCUGGCUCUGGGCUGUGCUGCCGAGGCUGCGCCCAGCGUCACCACGGAGCAGGGCGUUGUCUACGGUUUCGCCCAGAAUGAGACCAAUGUCUACCUGGGCAUUCCCUUUGGUCAGUCCACCGCUGGUGAACAUCGCUGGAAGGCUCCCAGACCUGCUGCCUCCUAUGAGGGGGGUAGCUUCGAGGCUACCGCCUAUGGUCCCACGUGUGCCCAAGCCAUGUCCGGCACUGCGAUUGUCGCCCAGAGCGAGGACUGCCUCAACCUGAACGUCUGGACUCCGCAAAAUGGCUCUGAUCUGCCGGUCUUUGUCUACGUCUACGGUGGCGCCAUGGUCACUGGAGGCAACAGCAAUGCCCAAUGGCAGGGAUACAACUUUGCUCGCAAGGAUGUCAUCUACGUCAACCUGAACUACCGGGAGAGCGUGUAUGCUUCUCCCAACGCCCUCGAGCUGGAGGGCUCGUCGAAGACGCAGAACUUUGGCAUCCUCGAUGUGGAGUUGGCCCUGGAGUGGAUUUAUGACAACAUCGAAGCCUUCGGAGGUAACAAGUCGCGCAUUGUGCUGGGAGGUCACUCCUCCGGUGGUGUGCACGUUGAUGACUAUCUCUGGAACCACCCCGACACCUUCUUGGCUGGUGCCAUUGAGAUGUCGGCCAAUGCUCAGUCUGGCCCGGCCAUUACCCCUGUGGGCGUGGGUCUCCAGCAGGUGGUGCAGGACAUGAUCGAUGCCGGAGUCUCCCUGGACUGCACGGCUGAGAACUACACGUUGGCCUGCCUGCGCAAGGUGGAUACCUACGACUUCCAGACCAGCUACUUCAACUCGACCUCCAACACGUGGUUCAGCCCCGUCGUGGAUAACAUCACCCGCUUCUCCAACUACACGGACCGCUUCGUCAACGGCCACUACCCCAAGUCGCUGCCGCUGAUUGUCGGGAACUCGGACCAAGAGGGCAAGAUCUUCGGCUAUGUCUAUGCCUCCGAGAACACUAACUUCUCCUCGUGGAUCCGCACCUUCGAUGCGGAUCUGGCCUUUGUCCCUGCCGACGAGCUGCUCGCCGCCUAUAACUCGGACGACUACUCCUCCGUCUCCUUCAUGAGCGGUGCCUCGUACGGCGAUGCCCGCUUCCACUGCGCCACCGACUACUUCCUCGACCUGCGGGCUGAGGAGCAGAACACCUGGAUCUACCGCUGGUUUGGCAACUACUCCAACGUGCUGGGUGUCGCCGACAUUGGCCCUUCCCACGGCAGCGAGGUGCCCUUCUUCCACGGCGGCAACGAGUGCUUCUCUAAGUUGACCGGGGUUACUGCCGCUGAGCAGGACCUGGCUGACUACAUGAACGACUGGUUUGUCGCUUGGAUCAAGAACCCCAGCGCAGGACCCGGCUGGGACCAAGCCACCCCGGUCAACGGUCCCCUGGCCCUGCUGGGUGUGCCUGGCAACGAGGAGGCGAUUGAGUCGGCCGAGACUGGCACCUACAACCAGCGCUGCCAAAACACCUACAAACCCAACUACCCCAACUACCCGGUGGUGCUGAACCCGGUGGAAUUGGCCGCCAGUUCCUAGAGUGGGGAGGGAAGAAAAUCCGUUAAUUAGGGGGGGUGAGAGGAGCCAUUGUGCAUGGCCAAGCAGCACACCAGCCCUUGUUCUAAAUACAUAAUUCUCUUUCAUUUCGUCCAAUUCGUUCAUUUUUUGUGUAUUAACUUAGACUUUUCGCUUCGCAUGGUGGGAUUUAUUCGUCAGCGGGACACCUUGCAUGAUUAAGCCAGAGGAACUUGUUUUAAUUUACGUGAAUCAGACCAUGCUUAACCU